CCCACUGUUUGCAAACCAAGACAGCACAGCUCAAAAGCCGCCUUGCUGCUGUUCAAAUACUAUUGAAAGGAGAACUCUGGAUUGUCUUCGCUUUCUACACUGUGAGUUCUGCAGGGGCCACCACGGCAGGAUAUCUGGCCAGAGAAGAGCAUUGCAGGCUGGGUUAGGAGCUAGGCCGUGGACCCAACUCCCAGACCCUCCAGAUUCCUAUACAUUUUGAGUUAUUGGGCCAUGGCCUCUAAGCCACAUCCUCCUCUGAUGAAGAAACACAGUCAGUCAGAUCUGGUGAGCAGGCUGAAGACCAGGAAGAUACUGGGGGUCGGAGGAGAGGACGACGAUGGAGAGGUACAUAGGUCAAAGCUCAGUCAGAUGCUGGGGAAUGACAUCAAGUAUCAGGUGCGAGAGCCUGUUGGUCUAAGGGUCUGGAUCCUCAUCUCUGCAGUAGCCUUCACAGUCAUGGCCUUGAUGGCCCUGGUGUUUCCCAACCAGCUUUAUGAGGUGGUGUUUGAAGAAGAGAUCAACAACCCCAGCAUCUCCAUCAGGCUCUAUGGAGGAGCGCUGCUCAGUCUGUCCCUCAUCUUGUGGAAUGGAGUGUAUACGCAAGAGAAGGUCAUCAUUCAAUGGACUCUGCUCAGUGAAGCAUGCUACUUUUCUGUCCAGUUUUUAGUGACGUCGGUCACCCUGGUGGAGAUGGGCUCGUUGCCCAACGCUGCCAUCCUCCUCCUCCUCAGCCGGGUGCUCUUCCUCCUGGUCACUCUGUUCUACUACUAUCACCUGGGGAGGGGACGACCCAAGAAGAUCUGAGGGGAGGGGAGAGGAGGGGAGGGGACGACCCAAGAAGAUCUGAGGGGAGAGGAGAGGAGGGGAGGGGAC